GCCACCUUUCAAUCCUCCACGGCCUUAUUCUAAUUCUCUCAUCACUUGGUUGCUAGCUAAUUGCCAUGGCCGCCAACACCAUGGCUGGCCAAGUUGCAGGUUCUCACAGUACCCGAAAUGAACACGGCCAUCAUGUUUUGAAUGGUGGGGACGAGCACGACCGCCGGCCUCCAACUCGUCAGUACUCUGUCUUGAAAAUUUGUCGGGUUUGUGGCGAUGAGAUUGGAUACAAGGAAAAUGGUGAGUUGUUUGUAGCGUGUCAUGAAUGCGGGUUCCCAGUUUGUCGGCCUUGUUAUGACUACGAGAGGAGUAAUGGGAACCAGAGCUGUCCUCAGUGCAACACCCGCUAUAAGCGUCAUAAGGGAUGUCCUAGAGUUGCUGGAGACGAGGAAAACUAUAAUGAUGCAGACGAUUUUGAGGAUGAGUUUCAGAUUAAGAAUGGCCAUGAUGACUCCGAUAGGCAGCAACAUGUCAUCAACCAUUCGGAAAAUGGCAAUUACAAUCACCAGCAGCGGCAUUCUAAUGGUUCUAUUGCAGGAAGUGUUGCUGGUAAGGAUUUUGAAGGAGAGAAAGAGGUGUAUAGUAAUGCAGAAUGGAAAAAAAGAGUAGAGAAGUGGAAAGUCAGGCAAGAAAAGAGAGGUUUAGCAAGCAAAGAUGAUGGAAAUAAUGAUCAAGGAGAUGAUCAAGAUGACUACCUUUUGGCUGAAGCCAGGCAACCAUUGUGGAGAAAAAUACCAAUCCCCUCCAGCAAAAUCAGUCCAUAUCGCAUAGUCAUUGUUCUCCGGCUCAUCAUUCUUGCUUUCUUCCUCCGCUUCCGAAUCUUAACUCCAGCAUAUGAUGCUUAUCCCUUGUGGCUCAUAUCUGUAAUUUGCGAGAUAUGGUUUGCAUUCUCUUGGAUACUUGAUCAAUUCCCGAAAUGGUAUCCCAUCACCCGAGAAACUUACUUGGACCGCUUGUCCAUGAGGUUUGAGCGUGAGGGAGAACCAAACCGUUUAACCCCAGUUGAUGUCUUUGUCAGUACAGUUGACCCUUUGAAGGAACCACCAAUCAUAACUGCGAACACUGUUCUUUCCAUCCUGUCUGUUGAUUACCCUGUUGAUAAGGUGAGCUGUUAUGUAUCGGACGAUGGUGCAUCGAUGCUGCUUUUUGAUGCACUUUCAGAAACUGCCGAGUUUGCGAGAAGAUGGGUGCCAUUUUGCAAGAAAUUUAGUAUUGAGCCAAGGGCCCCAGAGUUCUACUUCUCUGAGAAGAUUGACUACUUGAAAGACAAGGUGCUGCCCAGCUUUGUAAAGGAGCGCAGAGCCAUGAAAAGAGAGUAUGAAGAAUUCAAAGUAAGGAUUAAUGCGUUGGUGGCAAAGGCUCAGAAAACACCAGAAGAAGGAUGGGUGAUGCAAGACGGUACCCCUUGGCCAGGAAACAACACCCGUGAUCAUCCUGGCAUGAUUCAGGUAUAUCUUGGAAGUGAGGGUGCACUAGAUGUGGAAGGUAAGGAAUUGCCACGGCUAGUGUAUGUUUCACGUGAGAAACGGCCCGGAUAUCCACACCACAAGAAAGCCGGUGCCAUGAAUGCCCUGGUUCGAGUUUCUGCUGUACUUACCAAUGCACCUUUCAUGUUGAAUCUGGAUUGUGACCACUACAUCAACAAUAGCAAGGCUGUAAGGGAAGCCAUGUGCUUUUUGAUGGACCCCCAGCUCGGAAAGAAACUCUGCUAUGUCCAAUUUCCUCAAAGAUUUGAUGGCAUUGAUCGUCACGACAGAUAUGCUAAUCGAAACAUUGUGUUCUUUGAUAUCAACAUGAAAGGCUUAGAUGGCAUCCAAGGCCCUGUUUAUGUUGGCACUGGAUGUGUAUUCAACAGGCAGGCAUUGUACGGCUAUGAUCCACCGGUGUUUGAGAAGCGGCCAAAGAUGACAUGUGACUGUUGGCCUUCAUGGUGCUGCUGCUGUUGUGGUGGUUCCAGGAAGUCAAAGUCCAAGAAUACAGGUGAAAGAAGCCUGCUUUGGGGACUCUACAGCAAGAAGAAAAAAAUGAUGGGGAAGAGCUACAUGAAGAAAGGGUCUGAACCUAUGUUUGAUCUUGAAGAUAUUGAAGAAGGGCUUGAAGGGUAUGAUGAGUUUGAGAAAUCAUCGCUCAUGUCACAAAAGAAUUUUGAGAAACGGUUCGGACAAUCUCCGGUUUUUAUUGCUUCCACUCUUAUGGAAGAUGGUGGCCUUCCUGAAGGGACUAAUCAAACUGUGCUUAUUAAGGAGGCCAUUCAUGUUAUCAGUUGUGGCUAUGAUGAGAAAACUGAAUGGGGAAAAGAGAUUGGGUGGAUAUAUGGUUCGGUUACGGAAGAUAUCUUGACAGGCUUCAAGAUGCACUGCAGAGGAUGGAAGUCUGUGUACUGCAUGCCAAAGAGAGCAGCUUUCAAGGGAUCAGCUCCAAUUAAUCUAUCAGAUCGUUUACACCAAGUUCUGAGGUGGGCUCUCGGCUCGGUUGAAAUUUUCCUUAGUCGCCACUGCCCACUAUGGUAUGCUUAUGGAGGAAAGUUGAAAUGGCUGGAGAGACUGGCUUACAUUAACACCAUUGUUUACCCUUUCACUUCCAUCCCUCUGCUUGCAUACUGCACCAUUCCAGCCGUCUGUCUUCUAACCGGAAAAUUCAUCAUACCCACUCUGACAAACCUUGCUAGCGUAUGGUUCAUGGCUCUCUUCCUCUCCAUCAUAGUAACCGGAGUGCUUGAGCUCAGAUGGAGUGGUGUUAGCAUCGAGGACUGGUGGCGCAAUGAGCAAUUUUGGGUGAUCGGCGGCGUAUCAGCACACCUUUUUGCCGUCUUUCAAGGCCUCCUCAAGGUUCUUGCUGGAGUGGACACCAACUUCACAGUGACAUCAAAGGCAGCCGAUGAUGCUGAGUUUGGGGAGCUCUACCUCUUCAAGUGGACCACUCUUCUCAUCCCACCAACCACUCUUAUAAUCUUGAACAUGGUGGGAGUUGUGGCCGGAUUUUCCGAUGCCAUUAACAAUGGCUAUGGCUCAUGGGGUCCAUUAUUUGGGAAGCUGUUUUUUGCCUUCUGGGUCAUUGUUCAUCUCUAUCCUUUCCUCAAAGGUUUAAUGGGAAGGCAAAACAGGACUCCCACCAUUGUAGUUCUUUGGUCCAUACUUCUUGCUUCAAUUUUCUCACUGAUUUGGGUUAGAAUUGAUCCUUUCUUGCCUAAGCAAACUGGACCAAUCCUCAAACAAUGUGGAGUGGACUGUUAGACAAGCUCUUGUUUUACCUUUCCCUAGCAGUGAUUUCUCUUAUAGUUUUGAUGCCACUUAUUACUUGUUUCAAUCUUCAAUUGUUUCUAGGUUUCCAAAUUAAGAGACUUUUUGUUGUGCAUAGAUAGUCAUCUAGAGAGUUUUUGCAAGAAAUGUACCGAUCAUGGGAAGGGCCCCUGCCAUUAUGUACACUCAAAAAUAAUA